AUGGUCGGCCUCGUCGGUUACCCCAACGUCGGGAAGUCCUCCACAAUCAACGCGAUUAUCGGCUCCAAGAAGGUGGUGGUCAGUGCGACGCCCGGCAAGACAAAGCACUUCCAGACACUCACCAUCCCAGACGAGCGCCGCGUCGCCUUGUGUGACUGCCCUGGUCUUGUCUUUCCGUCGUUUGCCUCCACGCGGGAGCAGAUGGUGUGCGACGGCAUUCUCCCCAUUGACACAGCCACAGACGCCUUGUCGGCCGUCAACGUGCUGUGUCGCCGGAUUCCGUCUCAGGUGCUGCAGAAACACUUUAACGUCUCGCUGCGGGCCGAGGACGACGUAGACGACAGCCAUUCCCUCGUGGAGCGCUUCCUCAACGCGGUGGCGCGUCGGCGGGGGUACUUGGGGGCGCACGACCGACCCAACAGGUCUCGCGCCGCCCGAGAUGUGCUGAAGCUGUACGUGGAUGGCGCCAUUCUCUACGCCGAGCCCCCGCCCGGCUACACGGCUCCCCCCGCAGAGCCCGCCGUAGUCCGCGCCGACGGCGAGGGGGCGGACUCCGACUCCUGGGACGAUGUUGAGGGCGACGGCUGCGACGACUGGGACGACCUCGACAGCGCGGCAGACGCCCGCGCCCUCAGCGAGGACGGCGAGGCGCCUGGGGGGGACGCCCGUGCGCGUAGGCGCCCCGACGAGGCGGAGGACGAGGAGGUGGAGAAGGCGGCACCGCCGAUGUUUUACGCGCGGCCGAAUAGCAUGCGCGGGGUCCUCACCGCGCAGGAGGCGUUCAACGCGGAGGCCAACGCGAGCCGCAUACGGGCGUUGACCGGCCCCGCGUCGCGGCGGAAGAGGCGCACCAACCACCAGCUCGACCCCGCCACAGACACCUUCGUGAACGACGAGGGCGAGGUGGAGCUCGCCAUCGACGACGACGACGGCAUCAUUGAGCUCGUCGCGGGCGCCGCCCAGACAACCGCGCGGGAGGGCCAUCAAGAGCCGCCGAAGCAGCGGAGUAAGCGCCAGCUGCGCCGCGAGCUAAAGCGGCUGGGUGCGGGGCCAGUCAACCCCACCGCCCGCAAGCUGGGAGUGCAGGGCUACUAG